GCCACUGUGCUUCAGGACCAGCGGGCCCAGGAUGACCUCCAAGCGCUGCAGUUCCUGGGCGGGGGGCCUGAAUUUUUGGAACAAUGCGCGGCCGGGGGCAUCUUCGCCGGGGAAAUGGUCGGGGGGUCCGUGGGUUCAAGAUCGAGACGUUCCGAAAAGUUCCCGAGGUUCGGGGCCCCCGGCGUGGUUCCGUUCGACGUGGCGAAGCUGAUGGGCCCCCGCGCAGUGCGCGGCCGCGUCUUCUACAGCGCGGGG